UGGAAAGAUUCUUUUUUCAUUUCAUGUUUUGAUUAUAUAGUUUCCCUGUUUCCCUCUAUUCAAUGUGCCUGAAUCAAGGACCCUUUUAUUACCUACUUAUUUUAUCCAAUCGUUUCUUUUUAUGUAUUAGUAUAUAGUGUAGAAAAUAUACUUGUAAUAAUAUUAGAGGUUAUACAUACAUUAUACCGUCUCAUAUGUGUGUACAAGACGAGAAUAGAUUGAAUAAAACAAAAUAUAACCAAACUUAACAUGUUUACUGAUCUAGAUAUUCAACCGGUGUUACUACAAGCUAAAAAGAAGAAUUCCGCGGCGAUCGUUUCUUAUUCUGCCAUUUUACUUCAGAAGCAGUACGUUAUUAGUACUUCUCAUAUAUUGCAGGAACUUGAAAUACCAGCUCAAGAUAUAGAGGUGGGGAAAUUAGUACUUUGCAAUGAAAAUUUUAGCAAAAAACAGCAUUUUAAUGUUGUUUCAAAUGAGUUUGCAACAAUAAGUGCUGACCUAUUCGGAUUAUUUAAAUGUAAAAAUAUUGACAACUUUUUUCGCAAUGAUUGCAAGGAUUGCCAGGUGCAGGCGCAUUCAACCAACUUGAAAGAAUAUUUAUCGAUAUUUGUUAUAUUCUCUGUAGGGAAUGCACGAUGUUCUAAAAAAAAUUUAUUAAUGAUUCUAUAUAGUUGGAUUGAAAUUAUUUCCCAGGAUAAUAUUCGUAAAGGGGAGCACAUAUUGUCUAUAUCAAGUCCAUUUGGAACCAAGAUCUUCUUCAACACAAUAACUGAAGGAAUAGUAAGCAAUGCAUUUGAAAAUUCAAGUUUAUUUCUUAGUGAUUGUUGUUCCGCACCUGGAUCAGAAGGAGGGGCAGUAUUUAAGAGGGAUAGCUAUGAUAUUCCGAUAGGGAUAAUCAUAUCCCCUUUUAACUGGUGGAGAAAAGACUGGGUUGGAUUUACCUUGGUUGCUGAUAUCAGACCAAUUAUUUUACAAAUUUUGGAUGUAGAGAAAAAGGAUUUAUUACUCUCAGGCAUUUAUAGAGAUGUUUCUACCCCAUCAUAUACUAUUUUUGAAAACUGUGUCUCCCAAAUAUGUUGUGGGGUCAGCUGGGGCAGUUGUAUUUUACUAGAGCAAAACAAAGGAAUAUUUCUUACCAACUCACAUGUGGUGAAGCCUAGCUUUAAAAUUACCAUCUUCUGGAAAAAUAGAAAAAUGUUGGCGACCUUGAUAUACCGAAGCGUAGAUAAUUCACCUCUAGAUUUAGCCAUUGUGCAAAUUAGUAAGAAUCCACAUUGUUCGUUAUCUGAUAUGACUGCAGUAACAAUGACACUAAAUGCAAUUAAUAAAGGCGAUCCAGUUUAUUGCGUAGGCUUCCCACUAUUUUCAAAUUCCUUUAAGCCUCGCAAUCCCACCAUUACCAAAGGGAUAAUCGGUGCAAUUAGUCCAUACAUGCUUAAAACCACCUGCGCGGUGUACCCAGGUUUCAGUGGCGGAGGAGUUUUUUCCCCGGAUGGUAUUCUGCUGGGAAUCAUCGUUUGCAACACAAGAAUACCAGAGGAUGGUAUGGUUUAUCCUAGAAUAAAUAUGGCCGUGCCCAUUUCUGCUGUUGCUGAGUUAUUAUACGAGUUUUUGGAGACAGGAGAUGUGAGUAAAUUGACAUUGCUGGAUUCUCCUAGUUCGGAGGCAUAUCGCUCUUGGAUGCCACUGGAAGCGAAGUUAUAGCAGACGAUCAUGGUAUAUUUUCUCUAAUUGCACAGUAUCUUUUUAUUUUGCUUAUAUUUGUACCUGAAGUCCUGAGGUCUAAUGGGGCUGUAAAUUUUGGUGCUUGGGUCAAACUCUUAUUUAUGGUACCUGUAAAAAAAUACUUAUAAAUAAAGAUAAUAUAUUAUGAAAA